UUGAUUCUUGAUGAACGUAUCUUUUCUUUUAUGCACACUGAGAGCCUAUGCACCAAGACAAAUUCCUUGUGUGUCCAAUCGCACUUGGCCAAUAAAAAAAUCCUAUUCUAUUCUAAAAGGAUGGGGAGUAAUUUAUGCUUAACAUCAUUGCGCUGGGACAACAACAACAACAACAAAAAAGCGGAUGGCCGAAGGAUCCUCCCGCUUCCACAGGGCUUCUAAAAUAGCCUUGGUGCCUUCCAAAUAGAUGGAGGACAAUUUCCAGUUGCCCUUAGCCGUUGGUCAUGUACCUGGGAUGAAAUGGGACUUGUGGUCCCAUAUCUGCAUGGGCAUCAAGUUAGCUCAGGCUGAUGGUCCUGGAGGGCAGCAGACAGAAUGGGAGGAAAGUGAAGUUCAGCUGAGAGAAGAGUAUAUAUUAAAUGUAUAUGGAGGUGGGUUAUUUAAAACACACACACACUAGUAAAGAUGCGCAUACUUAAAAUAUAGGAUUUCUAAGCAGUUUUGUGUUUAGAAUGGUUUUGAACUAGAAGUUCGAGACCAUAGGGGGGGAAAAAUGCUCGUUUGAUAUUUUUUAUUAGAGGCUGGGGCAGAUUUGUUAGCAAAAGAAUGCCAAACAGUUAGCUGUGCCUGGAGUUAGGAGGGUGAAAUUGCUUGAUUCUAUUGAUAAAACUUGCCUUCUUCCUGUCUCUCAGUGAAUAAAACUGGGAGGAGGGGGAAACCAGAAGUCUCUCUGGCUCUCUGACUUUUUCUGUCAGAUCUCCUGAGCCCCUUAUUGUUGUUGUUAUUAGACUUCGCAUCUAAUAACAAUAAAUCAUAAAAUAAUUUCAGAACAGCUUCAUAAGUUUAACCGCCAGUUUAUUAUCUAAAUGAGAUUGUGUGAAAGGAAAAAAAGCUGAGGAGAACAAGCAAGUGUGGAUUCUAGUUCUUGAACUGAGUUUCAUUAUAUGAUAAACCCCUGGCUAUCAGAUGGGCAGGUUAUCCAAAGUCACCAUGGAUCAAACCCUGGUUAAAGCCCUAAUUUGUUUUAGGUUUACUUCCCUUAGCCAUAGGCCUGUGUGUCAUCUCAAUCCAGGUGUUUUGGUUAACUUUGAUUAACUCUUCUUCCCAAGCAGUUCAGGGGGAGUGUCAAGAUGAAGAGAACUGGAUGGAUGGGGUGUACAUCAGUGAGCUGAAAAUUUUAAGAAAGCGAAAUAUGGAAAACUGCAAAGUGCAAAUUUAUUCUAAAUAAAAGAGGAAGAAGAUGGAAAGUAAUGCUGUUCUUCUGGAAUCCAAAUCCUCACCAAUCAACCUUCUGAAUGAAAUGCACCAACUGCGUCUCCUAGGUCACCUUUGUGAUGUCACCGUGAGUGUAGAAUAUCAAGGUGUAAGAGCAGAGUUUGUUGCUCACAAAGCUGUGCUGGCAGCCACAAGCAAGUUCUUUAAAGAGGUCUUUCUUAAUGAAAAAGGCAUGGAUGGACCAAGGACCAAUGUGUUACUGAAUGAAGUCCAGGUAGCUGACUUUGCGUCUUUUCUGGAGUUUGUUUAUACUGCCCGGGUAGAGGUAGAAGAAGAUCGGGUACAGCGCAUGCUGGAAGUGGCUGAGAAACUGAAAUGUUUAGAUUUGUCAGAGACCUGCUUUCAGUUAAAAAAGCAAAUGCUUGAAUCGGUAUUGCUGGAGUUGCAAAAUUUUUCUGAGUCACAGGAUACCGAUGAGGAUGGCAAGGCCCAUCCUGGAACUUUAACUGAGCCCAAAACUGUCACUGAACCACAAGGGGACAAUAUGGAUUAUUUUGCAAGCUCCGCCCUCAGAAGACCCAGAACUGGACCGGACCUCGAGUCCACCACCCUGAAAUUAAAGGAAAAGUUGGACAAAAAAAAAGAAGCCCUGAAGGCCCCCUGUGCCAAAAUCAGGCGGGCGAGUGGCAGGUUGGCUGGCAGAAAAGUCUUUGUGGAGAUACCCAAGAAGAAGUACACAAGGCGCCUGCGAGAGCAACAGAAGUUUGCUGAAGCUGUUGUGGAAGAGAGCCGGCUUUCCAAAGACCAGGGCCCCCGUGAAAAGGGUAGGGAGGAGGAGGAGGAGGAGGAGGAGGAGGAGAAAGAUCAAGCGGUGAACAGCGUGAAGCUAGAGGAGAAAGGGCCUGAUGGUGCUGAGGACCACCGGGAAGAAAACUUAACUAAACUGGAAGAGGAUAAAAAGAACCGCAGUGGCAACUUUACUUGCAGUACUUGUGAGCGGGAAUUCCUCUACGAGAAGAGCUUUCUGAAACACAUCAAGCAGAGCCAUGGCAUCGCAGCCGAAAUCAUUUACCGUUGCGAAACCUGCUGUCAGACUUUUGCCAACCGGUGCAACCUCAAAAGCCACCAGCGCCACGUCCACAGCAGCGAGCGCCACUUCCCAUGCGAGCUCUGUGGUAAGAAGUUCAAGCGCAAGAAGGACGUCAAGCGGCACAUUCUGCAGGUUCAUGAGGGUGGUGGGGAACGUCAUCACUGCCUCCAGUGUGGAAAGGGUUUGAGCUCCAAAACGGCCCUGAGGCUUCAUGAAAGGACACACACAGGCGACAAGCCUUAUGGGUGCACAGAGUGUGAGGCUAAGUUUUCUCAGCCUUCGGCACUUAAAACACACAUGAGAAUCCACACAGGCGAAAAACCAUUUGUUUGUAAUGAUUGUGGAGCAAGAUUUACACAAAAUCACAUGCUUAUAUACCAUAAAAGGUGCCAUACAGGAGAGCGACCUUUCAUGUGUGAGACAUGUGGGAAGAGCUUUGCCUCCAAGGAGUAUUUGAAACACCAUAAUCGAAUCCACACUGGAUCUAAGCCCUUUAAAUGUGAAGUUUGCUUCAGGACAUUUGCGCAGAGGAAUUCCCUCUAUCAGCACAUCAAAGUUCAUACAGGUGAGCGUCCAUACUGCUGUGAUCAGUGUGGCAAGCAGUUUACUCAACUCAAUGCACUGCAACGUCAUCAUCGGAUCCACACAGGAGAGAAGCCAUUCAUGUGCAAUGCCUGUGGACGGACAUUUACCGACAAGUCUACUCUUCGGCGUCACACCUCAAUUCACGAUAAGAACACACCCUGGAAGUCUUUCCUUGUAGUUGUUGAAGGUGCUUCUAAGAAUGACGAGGAUCAUAAGACUGAGCUUCCUGAUGAGGAAUAUGAUGGACCUCGUCCCAAGUUAUCAGAAAAGCUGCUGUCGUACGCUGAAAAUGGGCACUAUCAAAGUUUGACGGCUGUUGAAGAAAGCAUGGCUGCUGGGCAUGAAAAUGGAUCUUCCUCUGUAACAGACUGUAAAUUGAGGCCUGCAGCAGAGUCCCAAGAAGCCCCUAUAGCUACAGCUUUGCAUGAUCUGACAGUGUUGCACACCCAGACAGACUCACUUCAACCGCCUCUUCACAACUUGGUGAACAUGGAAUAGGCCCAUCAGUUGAGUGGAGAAGUUCAACAAGGGAAAAGUUACUUUAUAUUGUGUAAAACUCUUGUAGUACAGUGACCUGUGAAAAGAUGCUGUUAAGAGUCCUAUAUUCUACCCAAAUUAGUUGAAUUCAAAUGGAUGAAGUCAGUACUUAACCUAUUUGUCAAAGAGAAAAGUGCUCUUUCAUGUUUUAUCUGCAUAAUGUAAAGUAGGGUCCAGAUCACAGUCAUUAUAGAAGGAAAUGGCGGUUCUGCUUGAGUCCAGAUUUUUCUUUUUCUUUUCUUCUCGGCAUUAUAUCCCGUUAGUUUCCUUUUUAAAAAAAUAUCUUAUUUAACUUUGUUUUCAUAUUGUAUGCAGAAGAAUGUGAAAUACUGUGCCACAAUCUCUCUCUGGGUCCAAUACUUGAUGCAGUGUAAUCUUUUUUCAAAGAAAUCUCAGAUAGCAGGAAAUAUCUAACACUGUUUUUGUAAACUACAGAACUGCUCGUCUGAUGAAAUUCAGGAAAAUCACCAUUUGAAUCCAACUAUGUCCCUUGGCUGUUGCAAUGAAGUCCUGGGUUUCUCUUCCCUCAUGUAACCCUUUUGCACCUGUCAAAAAUCUGCCAAUGCUUUGGAUAGUCUCCAGAAUUGAUGUGUACAAUCACCAUAGAGGGAGAAAAAGGGAAAAUCACCUCGUUUGCCCCUACAAUUUGGAUGUUGACUUAGCUUUGUAAAAGGAAUGGAGAUUACAUUAAACUAAUGUAAUCAGUAUGACAGACUACUUCCUGGGGGGGAAAAACUUGGAAACAGAUUUUUUUUAAAAAAUUGCAGCAGCUUUGUUCUAAAGCUAAAUUCCCUCCUAGGUAAGCCUGCUAGCUCUCUGUUUCUUCAGUCCCUACUGAUCUGUCCAUAUGAUAGUGAUGUCUACUACAGAAGUAAGGAACUGACAGUUUUCCAGAGAUAAUGCUAAAUUACCGAUCACAGUGCCAACCAGCAUUUGUAUUAAUGAGACUAACUGAGAAUUGUUAUCUGACAACGUCUAGAGAUUUAUAGGGCCUGUUUUAUAAAUUCAUCAUCUUAUUGCAUCCACCUAGGUGUCUUCUCACUACUGCACAUUCUUUGCCCCGAAUCUCUCUUUAGAUUAGAAGGUCCUGCACGUGGUUCUUGGUUCCCCCAUUCCCCGCUCUCCAGAAGUUAUUUCCUAGUUGCUGCUGUAUUCUACUUACUGGUAUUUGCAUAUGGAGUUCUGUACCUUGAAGAAUUUCAUGGGCAGAAUUCUCAUAGAACAGAUUGCUCCAAAUAUUAAAAAUGUUUUUUUUUUUCAAAGAUGGUACAUCUUGUAGAUAAUUUAUUGUAAAUUACCUUGCUUUGCCCCAUUAUAUUAAUAUUUUGAAUUAAGAAAGUUAAAAUCAUCAGAUUUCUGGCAGUGGUGCCUGAAAUAUUCUGGAUGUAAUUUUCCUGCUUUGGAUUUACGUUUGCAUGAAACACUUCAAUCUCUUGUGGCAAAUUAAGUUAUAAUCUGGGCUGUUUGUAGAUUUUUACAAAUAGAUUCACCCAAUUAUGUUUCAGUCCACUCAUAGCUUGGGAGACUAUGCAGUGUAACCAAGAUAAAAUAGUUGCUCCAAAUGUAAAAGUAAGUUUCCUAUAUCACACAGGUUGCGGAGAUGAAAACUUUUAACUCAAAAAGCAUCAGUAAUGUGCCUUUUUACUUUUAAAAUCAGGAAAUAAGAAGUGCCAAAGCCUAUGUGAAUUUGAAAUUCCACCUAUGUCCUGAAUUUGCUAGUAUUCUGGGUUUUAAUUUUUAUAUUCAGAAACCAUCCUUAGUACUAUUUAAGACUUUAAAAAAUUACCAACAUGUUAAAUGUUUCUUUCCAAAUCACGUAUAUUGCGGUGUUCGUGGUGUUUUUCUACAUUGGGGAACUAAGUUGUAAGUUAAAGUGUUGUAGUUUCUGUCAUUCUGUGUGCACACCUAAAUUUUCUUUGGAAGGUUGUGAGAACCUUAAAGAUGCAGCAUCUUUAAGAGAGCUACAAGAUGGAGAAAACAACAAAAUAGGGGGAAAGCCCAUUUCAAAAGUGGAAAUCUGCUCACAUGACAUCAAGUAUCAAUCUUUUUAGGCAUUUUUAAAAUAUUCUGUCCCUUUCAAAAAUAGGUGCAACUAGUGAUGUGUGUGUUGGGGCAUGUACUCUUUAUGACAAAAAAAUGUGGUAAAUUUGAGAGAGACACAAUUGUUUUGUCUUAAGGGACAGGAUUUUCACUGAAGUAAUCUUGUAGGAUAUGAUUUUCCUCAAGGCAUUUGUGGAUUCAGAGAAUAUGCCAGCUGCUUUUACUUGGUUACUUUUCAAAGUUGAUUUAUUCCCGCAUUGGAUCCGAUUUUGGAUAUUGGUUGCACCCUUUGGUAAAGUUUUGGAUUCGUUCAGUUGUGUAUCCUCAAAAUUUCCUCUUUUUCCUUACAUCAAAUUCAAAAUCACUUUGUGGAGGGGAGGAAUAAUUUAGGCCAACUUUGCUAUAUUAGCUUUUCAAAUUCUUGCCCUAAUAUUUUGUUUCUUCAGAAGGAAAAGCAAUAAAAAGUUCCUAUAUAUAAUUUUUUAAAGGUAAACUCUGUAGUAAGAGCUGUAUGUCAUUUCUUCUGUUUUUAUUUAGUCUGGUAAAAUGAAUGUUUUUAGAAAUACUAUCCAGGGGUUAUAUUUACAUAUUUAUUUUGUAUACCAUGUGCUCCUUUUGACUUGCAUUUUAAUAACCAGUUGCAAUAUAUUUGUAGGGUAUAUUUCAACCUUAAAUACCAAUAGAUAGGGAUCAUUAUUUUAUACUGUAUAAAUAUGUGAAAGUAGAUGGACUUUAAUAAAUUGAUUGGCCUUAUUAAAAAAUCAAAGAAUUCCAUCUUUUUUGCAAGUUA